ACUGAGACUUAGAUGACGUAUGAUACACAUAUGCUGCCGGAAUGAGAGGAAGAUAGAUAUGCCAGUUAUUUUUCGAAAUAUUUUUUAUCUGUUAUUUCAUAAUUAUUUAUAUUAUUAAGUGUUCUGCUGUAUCAAAAUGUUAUCACUAGGCUGUCUGGUCUGUUGUGGAAUAUCACUGGCUGUAUUUAUUUUAAUUUUGAUUUGCAUAAUAAUAUAUAUAACAAGUGAACAGUAUCCCAAAAUUUGGAGGGAUGAACAAGAAAAAUUCUUUUUGAGCCAAACAGAGAUGAAAGAAGCAUUCCCUUCGAUACAUGAUCCCUGGACAGUGCAGCUUAGUGUCAUUAUACCUGCUUAUAAUGAAGAGCACAGAUUGCCAACAAUGCUGGACGAAUGUUUGGAAUAUUUGGAAAAGCGUGCAAAAUCUACUUGUAAAUUUACUUAUGAAGUGAUAGUAGUUAGUGAUGGCAGCACAGAUAAAACUGCAAAUGUUGCUCAGUAUUAUGCGUCAAAAUAUAACACACUGAAAGUGUUAAAUCUCGUUAAAAAUAGAGGGAAAGGUGGUGCUGUAAGACUGGGUAUGCUGAGUGCAAGUGGCAGCGCUUUGUUAUUUGCAGAUGCAGAUGGUGCCACCAAGUUCAGUGAUCUACAAAAAUUAGAUGAUAGUUUAAGGAAAGUUUUAGGAUUUGAUUAUACAAGCAAUCCUGCAGAUACAGCACUCUCGAAUGUGAUAAUAUGUGGAUCAAGAGCGCAUUUAGAAAAGGAAGAAACCGCAAAGCGAUCUUACUUCCGACUGUUCCUUAUGCACGGGUUCCAUUUUUUAGUCUGGUUAUUGUGCGUAAAAGACAUUAGAGAUACGCAGUGUGGAUUUAAGCUUCUAACGAGAACAUCAGCGAGAACGAUAUUUGAAGCGUUGCAUGUCGAACGCUGGGCUUUUGACGUAGAAAUGCUUUAUAUUGCACAGACUCUUAAUAUUCCUAUAACUGAGAUAGCGGUAAAUUGGACUGAAAUUGAAGGUUCCAAGAUAAUACCGUUUUGGAGUUGGUUACAAAUGGGCAUAGAUUUAUUUCUCAUCUGGCUUAGAUACAGUAUUGGCGCAUGGAAGAUAAAUAAGCCCAAGAUGUAAUUUUAACGUAUGCAAAGUUUGUGGACGAAUCUUUAUUUCCAUCAAUCUUGUUUCAUCUUUUUUGUAAAAAUAUAUUUAUAUAAUGAAAAAU